CCACAGGAAAGCGUAACCCCAAUUGCUUCAUAUCAACCAUAUUCGCUCUCCUCUCCGUCGAUCUCUCAUGUCGAUUAUCGUCGUCGUGUGAUCAAAGCUCGUCAAUGGAAGCUAAACUUCAGUACCCUAAGAUUGAACUCGACGAUUACGAGCCCAGGAUUUUCUCUCGGACGGUUUCUGGAGGUAUUGAUGAAUGCAAGCAAGAGAAUAAGUUAGUGGCCUCCGAAAAUUUCAUAAACCAAGAAGAGGCACAACUGAGUGAUGACGAAACCCAAACACAUAAAGACACUGCAGCGACUGAUGAUGUGCAAAAUGAUUUAAGAGCUGACCACCAUGGCAUUGGUAAGUAUUUUUCUUAUGACUUACCAGUUACUGAAGAAACUGGGGUUUGGAUACCUGUUUCUAUUCCACCAAUGUCAGAAAGCACACGUGAAGAAUGGAACAGGGGUUUCUGCUUGGGUGUCAACUACUUUCCCGAGAGUGACAUGGACUGGAAUCAAUUUGUUGAAGAAGACAGAGAGAUGACUAUGUGGGAUGUGGUCCUUGAUAUGCUACUUGUUGCCCGUGGGAAAGUGACUGCUCUUACUUCAAGUGAUAUACACGAACGUGCAGUUUCCUGGAUAUCUGGUCAUCUUAUUGAGCAAGCUUGGAAAGAGAUGGCUCAAACUCUCACAGAUGCUAAUUUUGGUAACAUGAAGGAAAUCCUCGAAGCAGAGCCACCAAAAUGGUUGCCUGAUAGUGCUGCCUCUGCUUGCAUGCUUUGUAAUGUGCGUUUCCAUCCAAUCAUCUGCUCUAGGCACCACUGCCGGUUCUGUGGAGGGAUUUUUUGCAAUCAGUGCUCCAAGGGAAGAAGCUUGUUGCCUGCUAAGUUCCGCAUUGGGAACCCACAACGAGUUUGUGAUGUGUGUUGUGUCCGACUUGAGUCUGUUCAGUCAUACUUGAUGGACCAAGUAAGUCGUGCUGCACAGUUGCCAACUCAUGAUCUGACUGACCUCAGUACAUUGAGAUCAUGGCUUAAUUUUCCAUGGGGUCAAUCAAUGGAAUAUGAAAUUUAUAAGGCUGCAAACACCAUUCGGGGUUAUAAUAAGGUUGGGUCUCUGACACCUGAAAAGUCCAUACCAGAUGCUAUCUUAAAACAAGCGAAAGGCCUUGCAAUUCUUACUGUUGCAAAGGUUGGUGUAGUGGUGACUUACAACAUUGGAACAGGGCUGGUUGUUGCUCGUAGAGAAGAUGGAUCUUGGUCCCCACCAUCUGCAAUCUCUUCCUUUGGCAUUGGUUGGGGUGCUCAGGCUGGAGGAGAGCUGACAGACUUCAUUAUUGUGUUAAGGACAAGUAAAGCUGUCCAGACAUUUAGUGGAAAUAUGCAUUGUUCAGUUGGAGCAGGUUUAAGUGCUGCUCUUGGCAUUGUCGGAAGAGCUGCUGAAGCAGAUGUUCGCGCCGGUGAUGGUGGUUAUGCUGCUUGCUACACAUACAGUUGCAGUAAAGGUGCAUUUGUGGGGUGCUCACUUGAGGGUAGCAUUGUUACCAGUCGGAGCCAAGAAAACUGCAGAUUCUAUGGCAAUCCAUCCAUCAAGGCACAUGAUAUUAUUCUGGGAAGCAUACCUCGGCCUCCUGCAGCUGCCCUUCUCUACCAUGCACUAUCAGAUUUGUAUCAGAAACUUGAAAGGUGAUUUGGCCUUAUGUUCCCAAAAGGAGGUUUGAACCAUUUCGCAAAGGGCAGAUUCAUUGCCCAACUUUUCCAUUGGGUCCCAAAUAUUCUUUGUCCAUAGACUCCUCACGAAAGCAAAUUCAUCAAUGCCCAAGUGGUUUGUACAGCACAAAAUCUCUUAUUAUCCAUUUCAAUUUGUAAGUGAUUGACACUUUUAAACGGUGUAUAUAAUAAAGUCAAAUGCCCUGAAAAAAUUCAUAUUCA